AUGGACAUUGAGCGGCAGGGCAAUGAAACAUCCAAGCCAGUGCAGGAUAACGCGAACCACGACCCUUCCAUUCAGAGCAACCAUGCAGGGGACAUAUACGACCUCACUACCGAAAAGCAUGCAGGGAACGGGUCAAACCCCUUGCCAGACCUGCAACGGAGGCUGAAGAGUCGACAUCUCCAGAUGAUUGCAAUCGGCGGUACCAUCGGAACAGGACUGUUUAUCGGCAGCGGGACUGCCAUUGCCCACGCAGGCCCGGUCGGCGCUCUUAUUGCUUAUAUAUUUGUCGGAACCCUUGUCUACUCCGUCAUGACAUCUCUAGGCGAGGUGGCAACCUACAUCCCGAUUCCUGGCGCGUACAUGACAUAUGCAACCCGGUUUGUUGACCCCAGCCUGGGCUUUGCCAUGGGCUGGAUCUGCUGGUUCUCCUGGGCAGUCAACUUUGCCCUCGAGCUGACUGCCACCGGGCUCAUCAUUCAGUACUGGGACGCUUCAAUCCCGAUAUCUAUCUUCAUCGCGAUAUUCUGGGUGGUAGUCACUGUGCUGAACCUCUUACCGGUGAAUUUCUACGGUGAGAUGGAAUUCUGGCUUUCCAGUGUCAAAGUCGUAACCAUCGUGGGAUUCCUCAUCUUCUCGAUCUGCAUCAACGCUGGUGCUGGCAAGGAAGGCUACCUUGGGUUCCAUUAUUGGGUUCAUCCUGGACCGUUCGCCUCGUAUUUGCUUCCACCAGGACCGACUGCAAAGUUCGUCGGCUUUUGGGCUGUCCUUAUACAAGCUGGCUUCUCCUACCAGGGCACGGAGCUCGUCGGCCUUGCAGCUGCAGAGGCAGAAAACCCCCAGAAGACUGUCCCCUCUGCCAUCCGCAAGAGCUUUAUUCGGAUUUUGCUCUUCUUUAUUGCGACCAUCUUCUUUAUUGGGAUCCUGGUGCCGUAUGAUAAUCAGAAUCUGCUAUCUGGAGCUACCGAUGCCUCUGCAUCCCCCUUCGUGAUUGCUGCUAAGCUGGCCGGCGUGAAAGUCCUGCCCAGCAUCAUCAACGCAGUUCUACUGACAGUCGUGCUUUCUGCAGCAAACUCCAAUGUGUACAGUGGCAGCCGCGUUCUAAUCGGUCUGGCACAAGAAGGGUUCGCCCCUAAAUGGGUGAAAAUAACAUCGGCUCGAGGUGUCCCGUACUAUAGUGUCGCCAUUACAGCUGCAUUUGGCCUGCUUGGUUUCCUUAACGUGUCCAGUUCCGGGAGUACUGUGUUCAACUGGCUUCUCAAUAUCUGUGGGGUGGCAGGCUUCAUCACCUGGACCACGCUGAAUGCCUGCCAUAUCGGAUUCAUGCGCGCACUCAAGGCCCAGAACAUGUCGCGCAAGCUGCUUCCAUACAGAGCGAUGUGGCAACCAUACCUGGCGUGGUACGGGCUCGUUUGCAACAUCGUCAUCAUCCUAACACAGGGCUUUACGGCAUGGGUUCCAGCAUUUAGCGUGUCCAACUUCUUUGUGGCGUAUAUUAGUCUGAUCUUGUUCGUGAUCCUGUACCUGGGCCAUAAGCUCAUCUACCGCACAAGCUUCGUCGAGCCUCUGGCUGCCGAUCUCUAUACCGGGCAUCUGCAGCUCGAGCAGGAGUUCUGGGAAACCACAGCACCCACCACGUGGUAUGGGAAGAUUUGGCAAACGAUAAGCGGUUGA